AGCAGCAGCAGCUAGUUCAUGCUUUCUUCUGCCGAAGAUCACUAUAUUGUCUCUUCUCUGAUUACUAACAAGUAAUAGUAUAGUACAAUAUUCUCCCUUGUUUAUUUGUAGGUUGUUGCCAAGAGGCAACCGCUACUAUAUUUCAUCUAGCUAGCUCUUGCUCAUCAUAUACAUAUCCAAUUUCCCCUCCCCUCUUUACAUUUCAUUUGCAUUAUUACGAUCGACCAAUAUAUAGCGUGUCGAUAUAUAUUAUGUGGAGGCUAAAGAUUGCAGAAGGCAGCAGCAAUGACUACUUGUAUAGCACAAACAAGUUCGUAGGGAGGCAGACAUGGGAGUAUGAUCCUGAAGGUGGGAGUCCUGAGGAGAGAGCUGAGGUUGAAGAAGCUCGCCUCAAUUUCUACAACAAUCGUUAUGAAGUGAAGCCCAGCGGGGAUCUCCUCUGGCGUAUGCAGUUUCUCAAGGAGAAGAAUUUUAAGCAAACAAUAGCUCAAGUGAAAAUUGAAGAAGGUGAGGAAAUCACAUAUGAAAAGGCAACGACAACAUUGAAGAGGGCUGUCCACUUCUUUUCAGCUCUACAGGCUAGUGACGGCCAUUGGCCUGCUGAAAAUGCUGGCCCCUUAUUCUUCCUCCCUCCCUUGGUAAUGUGUUUGUACAUCACGGGACAUUUAGAUUCUGUAUUCUCUGCUGAGCAUCGCAGGGAAAUCCUCCGUUACAUCUAUUAUCAUCAGAAUGAAGAUGGUGGUUGGGGGCUACACAUUGAGGGCCAUAGCACCAUGUUCUGCACAGUUCUCAGCUACAUUUGUAUGCGAAUUCUCGGAGAAGGUCCUAAUGGUGGUCAAGACAAUGCUUGUGCAAGAGCCCGAAAAUGGAUUCAUGAACACGGUACUGUAACACACAUACCCUCUUGGGGAAAGACUUGGCUCUCGAUUCUUGGUGUAUUUGAUUGGUCUGGAAGUAAUCCAAUGCCCCCAGAAUUUUGGCUCCUUCCUACUUUUCUUCCUAUGCAUCCAACAAAAAUGUGGUGCUAUUGUCGGAUGGUUUACAUGCCGAUGUCAUAUCUAUAUGGGAAAAGGUUUGUUGGUCCUAUCACCCCUCUCAUUCUGCAGUUGAGAGAAGAACUCUAUGCUGAACCUUAUAAUCAAAUCAAUUGGAAGAAAACGCGUCAUCUGUGUGCCGCGGAGGAUCUCUAUUAUCCCCAUCCUUUGAUUCAAGAUCUGAUAUGGGAUAGUCUCUAUGUGUUCACCGAGCCUUUUCUUACUCGUUGGCCCUUCAAUAAGUUGGUAAGAAAAAAGGCUCUUGAAGUAACAAUGAAGCACAUUCACUACGAAGAUGAAAACAGUCGUUAUAUUACUAUUGGAUGUGUGGAAAAGGUGUUAUGCAUGCUUGCGUGCUGGGUUGAAGAUCCUGAUGGCAUUUCUUUCAAGAAACAUCUCGCAAGGAUCCCGGAUUAUUUGUGGGUGGCCGAAGAUGGUAUGAAAAUGCAGAGUUUUGGAAGUCAACAAUGGGAUACUGGUUUUGCGAUUCAGGCCUUGCUUGCUACUAAUUUUACAGAUGAAAUCGGAGAUGUACUCAAGAGAGGACAUGACUUCAUAAAGAAAUCUCAGGUCAAGGACAAUCCUUCAGGUGACUUCAAGAGCAUGUACCGGCAUAUUUCCAAGGGAUCGUGGACUUUCUCUGACCAAGAUCAUGGAUGGCAAGUUUCUGAUUGCACUGCAGAGGGAAUGAAGUGUUGCCUACUUUUCUCGAUGAUGCCACCAGAAAUUGUUGGUCAGAAGCUAGAGCCUGAGAGGCUCUUCGAUUCUGUCAACAUUCUUCUUUCUCUACAAAGUGAAAAUGGAGGUUUAGCAGCGUGGGAGCCAGCUGGAGCUCAUAAAUGGUUGGAAUUACUAAAUCCCACAGAGUUUUUCGCUGACAUUGUCAUUGAGCACGAAUAUGUUGAGUGCACUGCAUCAGCAAUCCAAGCAUUAGUAUUGUUCAAGAAGCUAUACCCAGGUCACCGGAAGAAAGAGAUUGAUAAUUUCAUAACAAAUGCUGUACGAUACCUCGAAAGCAUACAAACUCCAGAGGGUGGAUGGUAUGGAAAUUGGGGGGUUUGCUUCACUUAUGGUACAUGGUUUGCUCUUGGAGGCCUAGCAGCUUCUGGCAAGACUUACGACAAUUGCAAAGCUAUGCAAAAAGGUUUGAAUUUUCUUCUCAACAUACAAAAAGAUGAUGGAGGUUGGGGAGAGAGCUAUUUUUCAUGCCCCAAUAAGAAAUAUAUACCUCUUGAAGGAAAUCGAUCAAAUUUGGUACAUACUGCAUGGGCUAUGAUGGGUCUGAUUUAUGCCGGGCAGAUGGAUAGAGACAUUACACCUCUUCACCGAGCAGCCAAGCUGAUAAUCAAUUCGCAAUUGGAAGAUGGUGAUUUUCCCCAGCAGGAAAUCACUGGCGUGUUCAUGAAAAACUGCAUGUUACAUUAUGCAGCAUACAGAAAUAUCUAUCCAAUGUGGUCUCUUGCAGAAUACCGGAGGCGUGUUCCGUUGCCUUCAACAUCCAAGUGAAUCUAAAUCCAAUAGCAAACUAUCUAACUCAUUGUAAAUAAACACAAACCGAAUAAUGAAUUUAAAUCAAAUAGCACUCCUCUAUACCAUUCUGUUCUGUUUGUUCUUUUAGAAUUUUCCUAGCAUGUAUAGAGAGAAACAUGUUUCUGCAUAAUAAUACUUCUUUGUACACAGAUUGAAUGUCUGUAGCAGAAAGCUGUACCCUGAACUGUAUCAUGUUUAUACUUUAUAGAAUCAAAGUAACAUAAAUGUUUCUGCA